AAUCUAAGGCAACUAUCUAAUUUGAUGAGGAAUUAUAUUUUAGUUUCAAUAAGCAGAAAGGUUAAGGCCAUGCAAGUUAGUUUUAAGGCCUUGACUUUCGUUUUCAAGUCAGAAACAGCUGCAAACGGUGGCGUCGUCUCACGAAGUGAAGUCUUAAGCUAAAUAUUCUCCAUUUAGCUGUGAUAAUGGGGGCUUAUCGUCUGUACUGCAAAGAAAAGACGUCCCAUCAUUAACUUGGCUUGAAAUAUUCCUGAUUUUUUUAGAGCGCAAAGAUCGCAGCAAGUGUUUAACUUUUCGGUUUCCGGAAAGUAUUACAUUGACACGACUCCGUAACAAGGCUUUGGAAACAAACUCAAAUAAGACAAAUCGACAAUUAUCCCAUCAAAAACCGAAGUUAUGGCUACAGCAAGAACAGAAUAAUCCUACUUUUCACCYACUUUUCCAAAAUUACAGUUGUUUUAGAAUAAUUUUCAAUUUCGAGGUUUUGGAUAAAUAUCGCUGAGGAGUUUGAAGUGAACCAACAGGAUUUCCUUGGCCAUAAAUAAAGCCGAAAUCGUUGAGGAAAGAUGCAUAUGAAGAGUUUUAUGGAGCCGAAAGUCUAAAAACAUAUUUUCAAGGAGGAUGGCAAAUUUAACAGAUUCCAAUUCAACAUGGAUUAACAAUUCUACGAAGAGUGACUCGCCAGGAAAUUCUGUAGGACUCGCUAUAGCAUUAAGCCUUGCAAAUAUCAUCUCCAUAACAGUUGGAAGUUGGGGAAAUCUUCUUGUAGUCAUUGUCGUUGUCUGCAAUCGUGGCUUACACUCAAGUACGAACUUUUUYAUAGCCAGCUUGGCUUGUGCAGAUUUACUCAUAACCGCUAUAUGCAUGCCUGUUUUUUACGUUUACAACGUGUUAACUUGGCCCGUAUGGCACUUUGGUAGCGCUGUGUGCAAGAUAAGUUCAUACUUGGUGCAUACGUCUGUGAUGGCAUCGGCUUUGAGUCUAUUAGCCAUCUCUUAUGAUCGAUUCGUCUCGAUUUGCUUUCCAAUGAAGACCAUUAUGACUAUAAAGAGAGCGAAACUUUUAGUGGCUGCUAUUUGGUUUGUGUCUCCGAUUCUUCUUUUUGCUUCCUUGCUUCAUCAUGACGUUGUACCGAUGAAAUACAAGGGGCAAGACGCAUUUAUGUGUGUCGAGACGUGGGACACUAAACAGGAAUUACAUCGCUAUCAAAUGUAUCGAAUAUCCUGCUAUUUCCUAUUCCUCYUACAGAUCUCUGUCUUGUAUUUAGUCAUUGGGUGCAGACUUUACAAACGCGAGCCACCAGGAGCCCAGACGAUGCAAGGAAAGGCAAAACUCAACAACGAAAAAAAGAAAAUCAUCAAGAUGCUGUUCUCAGUUGUACUUUUAUUCGCUCUUUCUUGGCUGCUUUAUAUUAUCAAUAAACUUCUGAAUAUCUUCCCUCCGUCGAAGAACUACGAGGCACCGGACGUCUUUGUGUUUGUAGGAAACUUCCUUGGGCUAUUAAACAGCGUUAUAAAUCCCAUCGUUUACGCUGCUUUGAAUAGAAAUUUUAGAACAGCUUUUAAACACGCCAUUCGAUGCAACUGUAAGUACGAAGCUGAGGAACGAAGGCGUACUCAAAGCGUAGUAAGCUUAAGGAAUACACAACAAACAAGAGAUAGAAAAUGUAGCGAAAGUUAUGUCUCCAGACGUGCAAGUGAGUCGACUUCAUUUGAAUUUAGGAAAAACUCCGUUAUUAAUGGUUUCGAUUUGGUUACCGAUGUGCAGGACGAUAGACAACCUAGAUGUCUGACUAUCGAUAACAGCGAAGUCAAUAUCGCUAAUGAGAGAAAUAGAAAACCAAGUGUCCCAGAAAAGCAAAAUUAUACCGCGAAAAGAAAGGUGAGCUUUGGGCCUGAGAUUAUGGACCUACCGGAUGCCGCGUCUUCCGAUCAUAAUGAUGAGAACGACGAUAUCACCAAUCGCAGACACAGUCGAAGCAGAGGAAACAGCAUUACUAGCUAUAGACUACAUUCGACCUCUACGAAUGGGCUUGAUCCCAUAGAGGAGAGCUUUCAUCAAAAUGAAGAUGAAAGUAAAGACAACAAAGGAUUUGAAUAUUCAGAGACCUAAGUCAUAUAGCAGUAAAAAUUUGUAAGCUAAGUUGAUAAARAUUUUGGGGAAAAGUUGAAAUUAUUGCCCGAGCAAUGUUUCUCAAAAUGGUUUUUGUUUUAAGGGUAAAAGGGAAUUUAUAACUUAUAAAAAAAAAUUCAGUUUAUAAAUACUCAAUAGGGUUUUUAAUUUGCGAAUAAAAUAUCGUUUUCGAAAGUAAAAAUAAUAAAUAAUAUCUCACAUUUUGCUUCAAGGAAAUUUGAAAAAUUAUGUCAGGUGGGUAGGCAAUAGGAAAUCAUUAAAAUGAUAAUUCGAAGAAAUUCAAUUGCUCGUCUUUAUUUUUUGAGUUUUUUGAAUCAAAAGGCACAUGAGAAAUAUUCUAUUAUGACCUAAAAGCAUACUAAUCAAAACUAGUGAAUCCCCUUGUCUACACGACCAAGGAAGCAGGUGCAAAAACCUGAAAGCCAUUUAAAUUGUAUACACCUUUGUCGAGAGGGUGAGAAAGCGUAAAGAUUGACUGCGUUACUUGAAACGCUUAGCYUUUUUACCAUUUUUAACAAAUAAGUACCUUGUAAAAACCAAAACAACUAUUUUCAAGCGUUAUAUCGAGUGAUACUCGAGAAAAACACCUUCAAUUUUAAUAUUGAAGUUAGUGUUUACAAAAUUCAACGAAGUUCAAUAUGGCAGCUGUUUUCAUUGCCAAUGACACGAAAUUCUUCAUCAUUUUUGAACAUCGUUGACCUCUAUUUACAGAGCUGUUGCUACUGACCUAUACUCGAGACAUACAGUAAUUUACUUCAUAAAGUCUAAGAUUAAAGUGUGAUAAUAAAAGUUAGUAAACGGUUUUAUG